UGAUAAACCGGUUUGAUUAAAGUUCAGGUAUGAUGUCGGAUAAUGACAGGCAGGAUCAGUAGUAAGCGAAAGUCAGCAGGUGCCAGGCGAACACAUAUUCCGCUGAAGCAAGCUUCAUAAAAUGUCAGGAUCAGUUGAAGGAGAAAAACUGGACCUUGUUAUAUUUGGUGCCAGUGGCUUUACUGGAAAAUAUACUACUGAAGAAGCUUUAAGAUUAUCGAAAGUAAAUGAUGGUUUUACAUGGGGAAUAGCUGGUAGGAGCUCUAAGAAGUUAAAGCAGAUUUUAGAUGAUAUCAGUAAGAAAACAGGGGAAGAUUUGUCAUACAUACCAAUUAUAGAGGCAGACCUGCAGAAUUUUGACUCACUGCUUCAUAUGGCCUCAAGAGCUCGUGUUGUUGUGAACUGUGUUGGUCCUUAUAGAUUUUAUGGUGAGCCAGUAGUAAAAGCAUGUAUAGAGAGUGGUGCUCAUCAAGUUGAUGUUACUGGUGAAAUUCAGUACAUCCAAAAACUUAUGCUCAGCUACAACACAUUGGCAGAAGAGAAAGGUGUCUUCAUUAUUAAUGCCUGUGGUUUCGACUGCAUUCCAACAGACAUGGGAGUAGUGUUCCUGCAAAAUAAGUUUGGAGGUGACAUAAACUCUGUGGAAGCAUAUCUUGAGAUUGAAGUUGAUGUCAAGGAUCGAAAGGGACCCGCCAUACACUUUGGCACCUGGGAAUCUGCUAUUCAUGUAACAUCCCAUUAUGGUGAAAUCCAGUCACUGCAACGGAAAUUGUUCCCUGAUAGAUUACCACGGCUUACUCCAAAACUAAAACAACGGUUGCUGCCUCAUAGAAGAUCUGACGUUGAGGGCUGGUGUUUACCAUUUCCAGGGACAGAUGUUGCAGUUGCUGAGAGUUCCCAGAGACAUCUUUAUAAAAAUGAAAUGAAGCGUCCUGUGCAAUUUAACAUGUACUUUGUACUUCCAUCAUUGUUAACCACAAUUGGCUUCAUCUUCAGGGCUUUGUUGGUGGGUCUUCUGGCACAGUGCAGACUUGGAGUUAAAUUUCUUCUUAAGCAUCCAGGAAUGUUUACAUCUGGUUAUGUAACUCAUGAAGAUCCCGCAGAAGAAAUCUUGAAAAAUACUCUCUUCAGAUUUACACUUUUUGCUGAAGGAUGGAAGGAAAGAUUAUCAGAACCAACACCUAAGCAUGUAAUGCCAAUAAAUAAGAAAGUAACUGUACAGAUUAAAGGUAGAAACCCAGCAUAUGGUGCCACUUGUACUGCUCUUAUCCUUUCAGCAGUGACAAUUAUUAAAGAACGUGAAAAAAUGCCAGCUAGGGGAGGUGUGAUUACUACAGCUACUGCAUUUUCAAAGACAUCCUUAAUAAAAGAGCUGCACAAAGAAGGUCUCACAUUUGAUGUAAUAUCAGAAGAAGAGAACUGAAAGCCAGAUAUUGUUAAAUUUUACUUCAUGCAGAGUCUUUGUGUGCAUGGUUAAUAUUAUAGAAGCUGCCUUGUUGUGAGAGGCUGUAGAAAUUUGGUUGUCCAUUGAAGCUUCUAGUCUAUUAAUGAUGUGAACACCUCUCUUAUGAUUUGCACUACUUGCUAUUGCAUUUUUAUGCACAGACUUGAUUCAUAGAAACAGUCAACUUCCAUAUCCAAAAUCAACCAAUUAAUCAAUUAAUCACUCAGCAUAUAGAAAGUGGUGUUACAACAAUUUUCUUGAGACUGUAGUCUCAGAUUCCACAACCAUGUACUACUCAAAAGUGUGAAAAAAACUGAUAUAAGGGAUGCAGUAUAGACCUAUGAGGGAGAGUAAUGAAUCUCUAAUGUGAUUUGUGAGAAAGGGUGAAAAUAAGCAACUGUGAGUCUUGACCCUCCAAACUGACAAAAUUAAUCUGUUGAUGGUUGUGAACUAGUGAAUGUGGCAUAAUGUGUCAAUCAAUCAGAGCUUGUAAAGCACAAAAAUGAAGAAAAAGGUUGAAAACUGUUGCUUAGAAAAAACUUGCAUCAUAAUGUGUUUGAUAAUGUGUGAAACUACACACAGUAGCAAUCAAAUCAUUGUGGGGAAGUUUGUUGCCACCUUUCCUAUGCUUUCAAUGUAUGCAACAUCCAAAAAAUGUUUGACUUUCACAAUUCUAAAAAAAAAAAAAAUAGAAACCUACAAACUCAGACUGGUCAGAAUGGAAAGGCACAGAG